AUGAAGAAAGGCAACGCGCAUUCCGAUGCCCUGGUGGGGGAGGCGGGGCUUAUCGACAGGGUUCUGCGGGACCAAGGCUUGCACGCCACAUGGGGCUAUGCCGCGUUGGCAAACAACCCUGCGGACGGCAUAUCGCGAGGGGCAAAGGUUUUGCCGACGGACAUCGCGAAGGGGGGCGCGGGAGGCGGGUUAAGGGCGCUUUCAGCACCUCCUUUUCGUCAGUGGGACUACAAGCUUUAA